AUGUCCUUUGAAAAACUUUGGAAGAAGUGCAGAUUGAAUCCGGAUGAUUUCCAAACUUGGACCAGUUUAUUGGAUUUUGUAGAAAAAGAGGUUUAUAGGAAAGGUGUUAAGGCAAUUCCUCUCAGCAUUGAUCUAUGGACGGCUUAUCUUGAUAUUGCUAUGGAGCUUCACCAUGGGCAGCCAAAUUCAGAGUCAUUUAUGAGAAAAUUAUACGAAGAGGCGAUUGAUGCUGCUGGGUUGGAGUUUCGAUCAGAUCCUUUGUGGGAGCAUUACAUAAGCUGGGAAACUGCUCAUAACCGUAUUUUCCUCAUUAGGUGCUUGUAUGACCGCCUUCUGGCAACUCCCACGCAGAUGUACUUUCAGAACUGGGAUAGUUUCAAGAAGUUAGUCGAAGACAAUCAUCCUAAAGAUCUUAUUACGGAUGCUGAGUUUGCGCAUUUCCAUGGUCAGGUCAAUCCUACAGCGGCUGCUAUGCGUGCCGCGAUAUAUGCAGCAUCUGUCAUCAAGCAGCAGCAGGAA